AAAAGUGUACGGAAGUAGCACAUUUCCAUCAUCCCAUCAUGGAUGUAACAGGUGAAUAAACAUGGGAAAUCCAUCGUAGCUAUGGUUUAAUAACGCGUUUUUGUUAUUUUGAACUGAUACACUGUGAAAGUUUGACAAUCAAGCGCGAAGGAUCGAGAUUUUUCUACGGUAGUACGAUGGAAAAACGUUCAACCGGUGCUAAAAACGCCACAGCGAGUGAAGAGUUUGAUGGAGAAACCGGUGAAGCUAAUCCUAAGAUUUCCCAUGAUCCUUCAGCCGCUAACGGCACCGCCAGAGCCCGAUGGACCCUGCUGCGACAGGUGCUGCGUCAGAAGCAGGUGGACUGUCCCGAGGUGAAGCAGGUGUCCGUGCGCAGAUUCUCCAGUUUUGACCUUUUCAGCAGGAAGAGACUCGUGAUCCAUGGUCCCGGUAAUACCUCAGAUGACCAGUGGGUGGAGUACCGCAGUGUGUCUCUGCCAAAGUACAGUGCCUUACUCAGAGUUCACUUGGGGCCCCUCAAAGUCAAUGAAGUCCUCAACAGUUUCGAUAACACCGGUAACAUUUGUGUGUGGCCGUCUGAAGAGGUGAUGGCUCACUACUGUCUGCACAAACGAGCCUCGUUCAAGGGCGCCGUGUGCGAGCUGGGAGGAGGCAUGACUUGUCUGGCUGGACUCAUGGUCGCCAUGUCCGCUGACGUGAGGGAAGUUCUGCUAUCAGAUGGGAACGAGACGUCGAUUUGCAACGUGCGUGAGCUGGUGGAGAGAAACCGUCAGGGCGGAGUCUUCAGCUCGACCCGCGUGUCUGCCAGGGUUCUGAGGUGGGACUGUGAUUCGGACAUAUCGCCGCUGGAGGGUCAUUUCGAUGUGGUCAUGUGCGCCGACUGUUUGUUCCUGGACCAGUACAGAGCCAGCCUGGUCGAUGCCAUCUGCAGAUUACUACAUCCCAAAGGCACCGCUCUGGUCCUGGCUCCGCGCAGAGGUCAGACGUUUGCUCUUUUCUGUGAUCUGGCUCAGCAGGCCGGGCUGUUCGUCUCUCAACAGCAGCGGUACGACCCUCACGUCUGGGACACGCACUCGAAGAUGUUGAAAGAAGGAAAAGAAGCCUACGACGAGAACAUCCACUACCCCCUGCUCCUCACCUUGACCAAAGGACCCCAAACUGUCAGCCUCUUCAAGUGAACACGCCUCGUCUCAAAGGCAGGGGAGGGAUUUUUCAUUUCAGACGCUUACGAUACAGUGUGACCUUAGUAAACAAGAGCGGGCCAUCGUGAAAACACUGAUAUGGAGUCGAAAAAACUCAGUAAAUAUCGAAAGACUGAAGGAUUCUUGGGUAAAAUAUCAUGAAAUUACACAAAGAGAGUUGAAAACAGCAUUUAUUUCCUUAAAACAAACAAAAAAAGUAACACAGAAUGACUGAAAUGACUGAAAAUUGGACGAGCAGAAGUUUCCCAGAGGCUCGUGUCUGUGUCCUGUGAGCUGCUCUGGACUGUGAUUCAUGUUACUACAGUUUAGUGUUUUAUCCUUAGUACGUCUCACCAAUCAAACCGUCGCACCCGAGCGAGCGUUUGCGGCUCGUGAACAAACACAGGUCUGUUUAAAGACUCGAACCGUCACCUGCAGAUCUGCGUCACGUUCACCGUCCGCAGGAAAGUCGUGUGUUCUCUGUGAAGUUUGUGUUAUGAAAUUCACACGACGUAUUUACAGCCUCCGGUUUAGCUCGCUCUGAUUUAGCCUUUCUCUGUUUCACACGUAAACGUCGUAUAAACGUAUUCAUAUAAACUCAUUCAUAUAAACUCAUUCAUAUAAACUUAUUCAUAUAAACUCAGGUGUUUCACAGACGGCGGCUCUUUUAGUGAGACUGAAACUGACACUAAAGUGGCUCAUUUUUCACUGUGACUUUUGCUGUUUUCCAGACAAAGUGCUAUGCAGUUUAACUUCAGUCUGUGACUUCAGUCUGUAGCUUCAGUCUGUAGCUUCAGUCUGUAGCUUCAGUCUGUGACUUCAGUCUGUAACUUCAGUCUGUAACUUCAGUCUGUGACCUCAGUCUGUAGCUUCAGUCUGUGACUUCAGUCUGUAACUUCAGUCUGUAACUUCAGUCUGUGACCUCAGUCUGUAGCUUCAGUCUGUGACUUCAGUCUGUAACUUCAGUCUGUAACUUCAGUCUGUGACCUCAGUCUGUAGCUUCAGUCUGUAGCUUCAGUCUGUAGCUUCAGUCUGUGACCUCAGUCUGUGACCUCAGUCUGUAGCUUCAGUCUGUAGCUUCAGUCUGUGACUUCAGUCUGUAGCUUCAGUCUGUGACCUCAGUCUGUAGCUUCAGUCUGUAGUUUCAGUCUGUAGUUUCAGUCUGUGACUUCAGUCUGUAACUUCAGUCUGUGACCUCAGUCUGUAGCUUCAGUCUGUAGCUUCAGUCUGUGACUUCAGUCUGUAACUUCAGUCUGUGACCUCAGUCUGUAGCUUCAGUCUGUAGCUUCAGUCUGUGACUUCAGUCUGUAGCUUCAGUCUGUAGCUUCAGUCUGUAGCUUCAGUCUGUGACUUCAGUCUGUAACUUCAGUCUGUGACCUCAGUCUGUAGCUUCAGUCUGUAGCUUCAGUCUGUGACUUCAGUCUGUAGCUUCAGUCUGUGACCUCAGUCUGUAGCUUCAGUCUGUAGUUUCAGUCUGUAGUUUCAGUCUGUGACUUCAGUCUGUAACUUCAGUCUGUGACCUCAGUCUGUAGCUUCAGUCUGUAGCUUCAGUCUGUGACUUCAGUCUGUAACUUCAGUCUGUGACCUCAGUCUGUAGCUUCAGUCUGUAGCUUCAGUCUGUAGCUUCAGUCUGUGACUUCAGUCUGUAGCUUCAGUCUGUAGCUUCAGUCUGUAGCUUCAGUCUGUGACUUCAGUCUGUAACUUCAGUCUGUGACCUCAGUCUGUAGCUUCAGUCUGUAGCUUCAGUCUGUGACUUCAGUCUGUAGCUUCAGUCUGUGACCUCAGUCUGUAGCUUCAGUCUGUAGCUUCAGUCUGUGACUUCAGUCUGUAGCUUCAGUCUGUAGCUUCAGUCUGUAGCUUCAGUCUGUGACUUCAGUCUGUAACUUCAGUCUGUGACCUCAGUCUGUAGCUUCAGUCUGUAGCUUCAGUCUGUGACUUCAGUCUGUAGCUUCAGUCUGUGACCUCAGUCUGUAGCUUCAGUCUGUAGUUUCAGUCUGUAGUUUCAGUCUGUGACUUCAGUCUGUAACUUCAGUCUGUGACCUCAGUCUGUAGCUUCAGUCUGUAGCUUCAGUCUGUGACUUCAGUCUGUAACUUCAGUCUGUGACCUCAGUCUGUAGCUUCAGUCUGUAGCUUCAGUCUGUAGCUUCAGUCUGUGACUUCAGUCUGUAGCUUCAGUCUGUAGCUUCAGUCUGUAGCUUCAGUCUGUGACUUCAGUCUGUAACUUCAGUCUGUGACCUCAGUCUGUAGCUUCAGUCUGUAGCUUCAGUCUGUGACUUCAGUCUGUAGCUUCAGUCUGUGACCUCAGUCUGUAGCUUCAGUCUGUAGCUUCAGUCUGUAGCUUCAGUCUGUUACUUCAGUCUGUGACUUCAGUCUGUUGCUUCAGUCCAUAGUUACAGACGGACGUUUCUCUGAUGUUUAUCCGAUGAAUCUGGCGUGUUCUGUGUGGGUUUUUUGGCUCGUGCUUCGCUGUGAAGAUAAAAUGCAAAAAUGCUUCUUUUUCUUUUUUAUUCUAAUUCUAUUUACACACAUUUUUCUGGACUCUCUGUUGAGUCCAGGUGUGACUGUGCCGUGUCACUGAACACCGCUCGUUACUGUGAGCUCCAGUUUGGAUUUGCUGUGUGUUUUUGGCCUGACCUUUGACCUCUGUGUUCUGUGAUGUUCCGUGUUCUGUUCUACACUCGUGCUGCAUGUCCCACUGUGUGACUUUAUCGUGCUCUUACACUUCCUUCGCUCUGUGAUUCUGCUCAGCGUUUACGUCACAGACACAGAUUUGACAAAUAUGUGUAAGAAUUAUUACACGGCUUUAACGCAACUUUAACUUUAAAUACUUUUAUGGUGUAUUCCAUAAAAAGUAUUUGAAGUUUUUGGAUAAUAAUGAAGAAAAUGGAGCUGUUCAUGGACUGAUUCUUUAUAUAUUUGACUGAAAAACAUGUUACUGCAUAAACAGCCCAUGACUGACAGAAAAUACUACACAUUAUUGAAGUUUACUCUGUUUUUAGACUGAAUUAUACGCAGGGAUAG